AUAUAUAUAUAUAUAUAUAUAUAUACAUAUAUAUGUUCAAGGAGAGAAAGCUGGGUAUUUUAACAUUAGUUUAAUUAGAAUGUAAUUAGAAUCUAAUUAAACAGAGUGGGUGGGACUGAUGUUAAUUAUUUUUUUAUUUCCUUCAUUGGUGUGCUUGAUAAUAAUAAUAAUAAUAAUAAUAAUAAUAAUAAUAAUAAUAAUAAUGUUUCUUGAUCACGUCUACCUAACACCACCCCCUACACAUUUCGAAAGCCCUUGUCGACCCACUUUGCCUGUCUCCUUCUGCCUUCUCAUAUUAAAAAUUGCUGAUCAUUAUUAAUCAUUUUAAAUUACUAAUUUGGUCUGUCCCUGUAUUUAUUUUUCAUACUUCCAGCAUCAUUGCUGCCCUCACCCUGCUAUCUGCCCCUUUUUUUUGAAACUCCAAUUAACUGCCUCCUCUUCCUUCACCUCUCCUACACUACCCAUUGCCAAUGGAACCCUUUUGCUAACGUGUAUUGGCUUCUCCCCACUCCCCUUUCCUCCCUGCAAUUUACACAUACAUACAUACAUACAUACAUACACACAUACAUACAUACAUACAUACAUACAUACAUACACACACACACAUAUAAUACAUACAUACACACACACAUACAUACUCAGAGAUUCAUCACUUUGACAAUUUCUCACCAAGGUGCAGGCUUGGGCAGACCAGUAGCUACCCAAACAUUUCAAACAUGAAAAGCCUGAUGUUUCCACAUCCCUACAUCAAUACUUCAUGGUGCCAAUGAUGUCACAUGUAUUGCUUUCAAAGCAUGAAGUGGCAACAUGGUUAACAUGCAGCAAGGCAACACCAUGUACUCUAACAAAUAGGAUACUACAAGGGAACAGAUCCUGUACUCUAACAGAUCCGAUACAAGAGAACAGAUCCUGUACUCUAACAGAUCCGAUACAAGAGAACAGAUCCUGUACUCUAACAGAUCCGAUACAAGAAAACACAUCCUGUACUCUAACAGAUACAAUACAUGAGAACACAUCCUGUACUCUAAUAGAUCCGAUACAAGAAAAUACAUCCUGUACUCUAACAGAUGCAAUACAAGAAAACACAUCCUGUACUCUAACAGAUACAAUACAAGAAAACACAUCCUGUACUCUAACAGAUACAAUACAAGAAAACACAUCCUGUACUCUAACAGAUACAAUACAAGAAAAUACAUCCUGUACUCUAACAGAUACAAUACAAGAAAACACAUCCUGUACUCUAACAGAUACAAUACAUGAGAAUACAUCCUGUACUCUAACAGAUGCAAUACAAGAAAACACAUCCUGUACUCUAACAGAUGCAAUACAAGAAAACACAUCCUGUACUCUAACAGAUCCGAUACAAGAAAACACAUCCUGUACUCUAACAGAUAUGCAAUACAAGAAAACACAUUCUGUACUCUAACAGUUCCACCAAUCUGCUGCCCUAUACUGGUACUUUCUUUAUUGACCCCAGAAGGACAAAAGGCAAAGCUGAUGAUGGCAGAUUCUUGAAUAGAGGCCACGGUGAGCCAGAGCAGAUCUGUCAGGCGGCUUAGUGACCCUCACAAUUCUUCAAUGCCUUGCCGUUUUAAUUAAAAAGAUGUCGAUGUCAUUAUCGUAAUUAGGGCAACACAGCUUGGAUAAAUCACUAGUUCAAAUGCCAGUGGGGGGGUCGACUUUGUCUUUCAUCUUUCAGGGUCAAUAAAAUAAGUACCAGCUGCACACUGGGGUCGAUUUAACUGACUUAGCCCCUCCCCCAAACCUCUUGGCCUCAUGCCAAAAUUUGCAACCAU